AUGGACCCCGCCGCCGAGCUCGGCGCCUACUUCCGUGUGAUGCGGCUCGGCGACGACCCCUCGCCGCGGGAGCAGCAGGUGGUGCCCGUGCCGGCCGCGAGGGCCGGAAUUCAGAUGCAGCUCCAGGCGGAGGCGGGGCAUUACUAUCUCCCGCUGCCGCCGAACUACGUCGUGGGCGAGAGCUCGGAGGGCGCCGGCUACGUCCCGCCCUACGCCUCCUGCAGCGCCGGCGGCUUCUACAACUCUCACUUCGGCGCGCACAGCCCGCGCCUCAACGCCGCACCCGCCCCGCCGUCGACGCCGAAUAAGCCGGUCGCUGGCGUCGCCGCGCCCCACCCUUCGGAGUCGUCGCACCCGUCGUCGACGCCGAGCCCCAGCGCCGCCCACUUCCAGCUUGUGCCCAGCGCCCCUCACCUCGCCAGCGACUCCUGCUCCAGCCUCAACCCGUACGCCUCCGCUUUCCAGAGCACGCUGAGCGCUAACCCGGUGGACUACCAACCCUGGAUCCCCACGCCUGCCCGCUACUACUACCCGACGCUGGAGCAGGUCCGCUCGCGCCUGCACCGCCGCCCGAUGGAUCCCGACCUCCUGAGGUUCCCUGAGACGGCGGCCCACGUGGACCGCCUGCUCCGGGAGGGCGACGAGCAGGUGCGCCGGAGCGUGCUCGCCAGGGUCAGGAGCGACGUGCUCAGCGUCACGGGAACCAGCGAGAGGCAGGCCGUUUUCCUCGCGCUGGUUCGCGCCUGCGCGGGGCGGCCCGACGAGCUCCAGCACAUCAUCCAGGCCCUGUACAAGGGCAAUGGCUUUCUGAUGGGCGUUGCCAAGCACAAUUACGGGUUGGCAACUGUUGUGAAGGAGCUCGCCAGGGCCCUGGUGCCUCACCCCCAGCUGCUCGUGCUGCUCAUCUGCUGGCUCAUCCGUGAACGCCUCAUGGAACAGUGCAAUGGCGGGGAGCUGCUUCAGUACUGCUUCACCAAGAUGUCUUACGAGGACAGCAAGGUCAUAAUCCAGUUCGCCACCUUCAUCGUCGACGAGCUGCUCUUCUCGUCGUUCGGGUCGAGGUGCCUGGCACAAUGCCUGGUGUACGCGAGGAACGGCGAGCUCCGGGCCCUCGAGAACAUCAUCCUGAACCGCACCGUCGAGAUCGCCAUGGGCCAGUACAGCAACUACUUCCUGCAGCGCGCCAUCGAGUGCGGCAGCGAGCUCCUCCAGGUGGCCAUCGCCGACCGCGUGGCGGCGGACGUGGCCAGCCUGUCCCUGGACCGGUUCGGGAGCUACGUGGUGGAGGCCUCCUUCCUCCUCGCGCGCACGCCGGUGCCGCUGCAGCGCCUGCUCGCCGCGUUCAUGAGCCUCCGAGGCAACGAGCUCGCCGAUCUGGUGCGGGGCAGCUACUCCAACUACGUCGUCUCCAAGCUGCUCGACGACGCCAAGAACCACUUCCCGCAGGAGGCGAGGUUGCUGGCGCGGCGGAUCGAGGGGCUCCCAAUGGCGGUCCAGCGCGAGAUGCACGCGCGGGGGGUGAUGAGGGCCGUCGGCAAGCUGAACCACAGGCACCUAGGCAGCCACCGCACGCUAUACUAG